CAAUUUCCCAAACAAUUUGGCAAUGCAAAAAGCUCUUUCUUCCCGCGAAAUCUAUUUUCCCACCUCGCUAACACCCUUUUCUGCUCCCACUCUCCUGAUAUAGUAACUGCUUCAUUCUUCAUUGUUCACCUUUCUUCAUUGAUUGCUGCUGCUAUUCGCGGUUGUGCCAUUGCAACUGCCGUUCGUAUCUUGCUGCUAUUAGCGUUUCGAUUGCUGCUGCUGUUGGCAUUCCGGUUCCUGCUCCUAUUGGUGUUUGCGUUUGUGUUGCUACUGAUGUUCGUGUUCCAUUGCUGCUGAUGUUCACGUUCUUAGUGUGCAGCUGUUCUUCCAUAAAAAAAGGUCUCAUUGACAAAUAUACAAGGGCAGACAUCCUUACAUUGGACAAGAAAAAACAACUCCUGAAAUUGAUCACACAUAUUGAUUGAUUGCUGCUGCUAAUCACGGUUGUGCCCCUGCUACUCGCGUUCGUGUUGCUGCUGCUGUUCGUGUUCGCGUUCGGGUUUGGAUUUGUGUUGCUGCUGCUGUUCGCGUUCCAUUGCUGCUGCUAUUGGCGUUCAUAGUUGUAGCUGUGCUUCUAUGCAAAGUAUCUGAGUAGUUGAUUUGGCAUACUUGUUGCUCCUAUAUCACUGAUACAUUCGGAUCUAAACCACACUAUUCAGUUGAUUCCUUUUAUAAGUGUAAACGGUUUACUAAUCCCCUAAGAUCAGCUCCUCAACCUGAAAACGGUUUUGAUCAAACUAACGACGAGGUAUUUCACAAUUCACCUACGGAUAUCUCACCACCUAAUCAUGAUUCAGCAAUACAAAGCAAUCCGGAUAGUAAUAUGGAUCAUUCACUGCCUAACCAAGGAUCCCAAGAACAUACUAGGCCCUUUGGUGGACGUCAAUCUUCUGAAUAUUGGACCGUGGAGACAGUAGGCACAGAUGGAACUAUUAAGACUAGAAGGCUAAAAGUUAAAGAAAUGGAUAACUUAUCUAGAGAUGAGCAAGUUGUUGUGAACUUUGAAGAUGAACAAGCUAUUGGAGAAGCCCAAGGUUUGCUUGCUGGAUAUCUAGGAACAUUGGCAGUUGAUUGUAAGUUAUUUCCAAUCAAUUUCUCAAAGUGGUCAGGACCUUUAGGCAUACCUCGAUCUAGAUUUGAAGAGUGUUUUAGUAACUUGCUGAAGCCAAAAUUUCAUUUCAAAAUUUCUGAGGGCAUUGCAAAGCGAUAUUGCAAAUUGAGCCUUGCAAAAAAGUGGUCACAACAUAGAAUUAAGUUAUGGAAAGAGUUCUAUGAUCCAUGCAUGAGUAGACAAUGGGCAUCUUUUAUUCAGUAUCGGUUUCUACCUUCUACAAUGGAGAUGUGUAGGAGAAAUAAGGAAGCUCGCAAGAAGCAAACAAUUCCCCAUACUGGUGGCUCGAAACCCAUCUCAAGGAAAAGACAUGAAAUAUUUUUAGAAACUGGUCGAAAAAUUAGCCGUGGAGAAAUGUACAUAGAAACUCAUAAGAAGAGAGAUGGGUCGUUUGUGACUGAUGAAGCAAGGGAUAUAGCAGAACAAAUUGAAGUACUUAUGACUCAAAAUGAGAAAGAUGAAUCUAGACCAUCUACAAAUGAUGCUAUUGGAAAAGUGUUUGGGGAGGAGCAUUCUGGUAGGGUGCGAUGCAUGGGAAUGGGAGCAACACCUACUAAUACUUUCAGAAAUGGCAAUCAUCCUAGCCAGUUAGCUAAUUCUUCAACUUCAAUGUCAUCUACUACAAAUUACUCCCAAGCUGAUUUUAAGCGUUUGGAGUCUAAAUUUGAUGGGACAUUAGCUGCAUUCAAGGCUUAUUUUCUUGCUAAAGAAGGAAGAAUUCCUGUUGAACUUACUAGUAUAUUUGACCAUGGAACUCAGGCUAAUGAUAUUGAGAACGAAACUAUUACACCGACAACAGGAAGAACAUCAUCAGGAGCAAGCAAUGAAAAUCGUGAAGACAUUGUUUAGUAUUGUUUUAAAGAUUGAUUAGUUGUUUAUUGUUCCACCUUUGUUAGGGUAUUAUGUUACAUUUUUUUAUUAAACAAACUUAUUCAAGUAGAGAACUCAUUAGUGGUAGUUGUGAGUUUAUAUUAUUUUAGCUUAUUUAAUUUUUAG